AUGGAAAAGAAACUUCAUGCAAAAGAUGAAGUCAUUGAAGCAAAAGACAAAAGCAUUCAGAAAAGAAUACCACGUUCGGUACCAAAAGGAAAGGAAAAGAACUAUAAGUAUAUGAUUUAUACUGAAGAGAUGGAAAAUGAAGAAGAUAAAGAUAUGGUUAUGUUGCAUUUAGUCAGAAGAAACAACAAAAGCUUUUACGACCUUGCUAAGAUUUACAAAUCUGACAGAAAUUGGUUCUAUCGCGAAAACUUACCGAUUUCAAUGACCCCAAAUGAAGAUGUGAAACAAAUAGUUCAA